UUGUUAAAAAGGGGAACUUCUACAAUUGCCAUUCGUUUGCUAAAGCUUGUCGUGCAAAGUUUAACUUGAACAAGAAAAAGUAAUCAUGAGUUUUUCUGCUAAUUUAAAGACAAUCUUAAACCGCUUGCUGAUUUCCGAAGAAGAUCGUCGCGAGUAUACCAAGGAUGCACUGUGUAUUCAAAACCAAGUGAUGGAAAAACUGGAAAAUGCUGAUUCAACUUUUAAAAAAGCCUACGACGGUCUAAGCUUGGGUGGAAGUUACUUGGAUCGCGUGAAGCUGGGCACUCCUGAUGAAUUCGACCUGCACUUGAAGCUCAAGUUCCCGUUCCAAAUCACCCCGGUUGCCGAUGAAAAGGGAUUUGUUUAUCUCCGAGCACCCAAUGGAUACAACCAAUUCGUAUCCUAUUGCGGAUAUAUUUCUCGUGACAAAUUGCAGAGCUGGUUGCGAACAGUCUUUAAUCGUGUGUUUGGGGCCUAUAAUUAUUUGGAUGUCACCAGCUCCAGCUCUGGUAGAGUUUACCGAGUGAAGUAUACAUUGGAUGGGCAAGGCUGCGCUCAUUCUAUUGAGGCCAAAUGCGGAAAUCGCAUCAUUGAAUUCGAUAUAGUGCCGGCCUUUGAGUUCGUUGAGUCGCAGUGGCCCUGGCCAUUGUCAGAUCUGAAGGUCUCUAAAAAGGAGCGUGGCAAUUACUCCUGGCUCGCCGUUCCGCAAAAGAAAAGGGGAGACAAUGACGAUCGCACCUUUUUGGUUUGCGCCGCGCAAUGGGAGCGAGAAUAUAUGAAGCGUCAGGAUAAUUUAAAGAACGUCCUUCGCCUUAUGAAGGGACUUCGGGACAAACAGAAUCCAGAUAGGCCGAAUGCUGGUUUGCCGCAUCUAACCAGCUACAUGAUAAAAACCGUUAUCCUCCAAGAGUUGCCCAAAAUCAAUUGGCAACAGGAUGAGGGCACCCUUUUGUUGAAGAUGUGGAACUGCUUGGUGAAUUAUCUCGAUGCUGGACAUCUGGCUUUCUUUUGGGCCGACGACAAAAACGUCUUUGAUCGCAUGAGCAACGACCAGCUUCGCAUAUGCCGCAUCAACUCGAAGAAAGUGCUCGAUAAACUUCGCGAUCCUCGCAUUCAGAACAGCUUGGAUGACCUAUCUAACCUUUUUGAUUUAAACUAACUGUGUUUGCAUAUUGUACUACUCAAAUUUGUAUUGAUUCAGUAACAAUCAAAUAAAU